ACGUGCGGUGAUUGUAGUCGGCGAGCACACCGCUCACCGCUCGAUCUGCUGGGGAAAAAAAGAGGAAAAUAAAACAUAUUCAACAUUACUAGGAAAUCAUAUUUCUGAAAAAAGUUUAAAAAAAAAAAACAACAACAAAAAAAGGAAUAACUAAAAAAUAUUUGAAUAAAAAUGUCGGGCGAUGUGCAGCCGCGUAAGCGUAAGGAUAAACGCCGAAAACGCGAUGAUCGCAAAUCCGAUGGCGAUGUGAAUGUUCUAAGGCAAUCAAGUUUUCAAGAUGACGACGAAUCUUCUCAUGGCGUUCAUAUAACAAAGAUGGGAAAUGAGGAUGUACAUUUGCACGUGCAUAGCGAACACGGCACUGGAGGUCAUUGGUGUGCCAAGAUCAUAUUCUUCUCUCUGAUGGCGAUUCUGUUGGGUCUGGUUGGUCUGAUCAUAUUGGAGAAUCGUGGUCACGAGGAUUUGGACACUCCCUUGUCAGAGUCUCGUUUUUCCAAUUAUUUUGAUGGCUGGGUUGAUGAGCAUAGAGUGGAGCAUGAUGCACAUGAGCCUGGAGGUCAUGCCAUAGAUGAGCAUGACGAUCACGAUGAGCACGAUGAGGCAGAUGAGCAUGAUGAAGAAGAUGAGGAACAUGCAGAAGAAGAUGAGGAAGAAGAAGAAGAAGAGGAAGAGGAAGAAGAGGAGCAGGAGGAAGAGGCUGAUGAGGAUGAAGAUCAUGCUGGAGAAAAUAUAACUGCUGAAGAUGAUGAAGAAGCCGACGAAGAAGAAGAAAUCACAGCAGAAGCCACCACAGAAGCCACUGCAGAAGCUGAUGAGGAAGAUGAAGAGGAACAGGAUGAAGAUGAGGGAGCUCAAGAGGAAAUUGAUGAAUCCAUAGAACCUCCAAAAUCUCAAUCAAGAGUUCAGAGUCAACCUGAUUUAGAGGAUGAAUUUGAAGAGGAACGAGAGGAUAAUGAUGACGAUGAUCAAUUGGAAGAGGAUCAGGAGGAAAAUGACGAAGAUGUGGACGAACAAGCGACAGAGGAACUUCAGGAUAAUGACGAUGAUGACAAUGAUCAAGUUGAAGAGGAUAAGCAAUCAGACGCCGUCAACGAUGAUGAAGACAAUGACGAUGAAGAUCAAUUUGAAGAAGAGCAUGAUAAGAAAACUGAAAAUGAUGAUGAUGAUGAUGAGGAUCAAUUAGAAGAGGAUGGUGAUGAUGACGAUGAUGAUUUUGAUUCUCUAGAUCAAUUCAUUGAAAAUGAUGAAGAAGAAUUGCAAAGACAGGAGAAGGAGAGAGAACCUAAGGCCAGUCAGGCUAAAGACAACGAUGACAAUGAUAACGAUGAAAAGCAGACAGAAGAAGAGCCCACAUCGUGGCUAGCAUCAGUUGCUGUUAAAUUUGGUGUUGGCAUUGCCCUAGCCUUAGUUUCUCGAUUUGUAUUACUCAGGAAAAAUCCGAAUACAACGGAGGAUGAGGAGCUCUCACCGGAGAUCAGUAUGCGACGACGAUUGACCAUAGCCACAGCCGAGGAUCAAAUACCAGAUGAUGUGGAAGAAUUACCCCCACUUGAUGACGAUGAUAUUGAAUACUCCGAAGAGGAAAUCGAAAUCGAAGAAGAAAUCGAAGUGGAGGUCAGUGAUUUGGAUGAGCCUGAACCGGAGAGCGAAUCGAAUGUAGCCAUGUCGGCUAGUUAUAUGCCAGAAACAUUUGAGCAACUGAGUGCCAUGUAUCGAGGAGGUAAAUCUAAGGAAACGAAAACGCUGGAAAAGAAAAAUGUACCAGAAGAACCUAAACAAGUUCCGGUACCAAAACCAGUACCAGUACCAGAAAAAGUAACCGAACCCGAACCCGAAACCGAACCCGAGGCCACACCAUCCUCCAAUAUCUAUGUGGAAUAUGAAGAUUACGAAAAUUAUUUAAAUGACGAUGACGAUGACAUCAAUGAUGAUGAUGAUGACGGUGAAGAUAUGGAUGAAAGUGAUGAGAUAUCAGAUGAAGUUUCGGAUGUUGAUGAUGCUGAUUUAAUGAGUAGAUUGGAAGCCAAAUAUGGUAGAUUACCAGCCAAGGAGUAUGAAAGCGAUCCAGAUUCCGAUGAUCCCAGCUGGACACAAAUAAAACCCAAAGAGCCUAAAACGGAGACUAAACCGAAAUUAGAAACCGAUGAUCUAUUUGAGGAAGAGCUACGUAAGGCAAAUGCCGAAAUGAUACGAGAGAAUCAUGAUCAAGCCUUGCUCGCCCUUAACACCAUCACACAAAAAUAUCCACACGAGCCGGCUGGACAUUUGCUCCGUGCCCAACAUUUGGAUCACUUGGCCGAAUUGAGACAUAGCAAUCAAUUGCUUGGCGAGGCCAUAGACUCCUAUAAACGUUAUUUGGCCUUUGCUGAACUAAUCACAAACGAUUGGGAAUACCGUGAAGCCGGUAAACGUUGCAUUGAACGUUUGAGAUUUAUGGGCCAGCAAUAUCAGACUGUCGUUAUAAAUGAGCAACUUAUAGAGCGUUUUCCCACGGAUCCUAAGCUGAGAAAUGAACUAUCUUUGACGCAUCUUUGGGAUAAUAACUUAAGACAAUUGAAAAAGGUGGCAAAGGAUACCUUGGCUCUCUGGCCCAACAAUGCGGUGGCCCAAUUGCAUUUUGGUUUGGCCCUCAAGCAACUGGAUAACAAUUAUGUCCAAGCUUUGCCGUACUUACAAUAUGCCAUCAAUUCUCAAGAAGAGGGCACUCAAGAGGCCUUUUUUUAUCAGUCUCUCGGUGAGACUUUACAGCGUUUGGGUAAAAAUUCAGAGGCACGAGAAGUCUACAAAAGAGGAGCUUUUAACAAUUUCUUCAUCAGUCCAUGGCAAAGGUCUUUUUACAACGAGCCUCAUCUGCGAGCACAACCUUUUUGGCAGCCCUCCGAGACUGGUUACGAGUCGGAGUUAAAAAAAAUUCAAGAGAAUUGGAUGGGCAUACGUGAUGAAGCAUUGGCUCUUAUCGGACAGCAGGGAAACUUUGCAGAUGAGACGGAACAGCUGCGUGACACAGGAAAUUGGCAGCAAUUUGAAUUAUUUGCUCAGGGAAAACGUUUGCAUAGAAAUUGCCAGAGAGCUCCCAUGACUUGCAGACUCUUGGAUGAAUUUGAGUCCUCAAGUCGUUGCCGUCGUGGACAGGUGAAAUUUAGUGCCCUGCAAGGACAAACACAUAUCUGGCCCCAUUGUGGACCCACCAAUUGUCGCCUGAGGGCUCAUCUCACACUCAAGUCACCUGAACCACAUCUAACCAGCCUGAGAGUGGGCGAGGAGAUAAGAACCUGGCAGGAAGGUGAAAUAUUUAUUUUCGAUGACAGUUUUGAGCACGAAGUCUGGCAUAAUGGUACUCAGUUGCGUUUGGUUCUCAUCUUUGACAUCUGGCAUCCAGAUCUAACUGUCCAGCAGCUUCAAAGACUUACGGCAAUUUGAUGGAAAUCGGCCACAAUUAAUUAAGGAUGUGAUGUAACUUCUGGUUCUUGGUUCCUCAUAGUUUGUUAUUUUUUUUUUUAGCAUAAUUUAAAGCAAUAGCUAGAAAAUUGUAUCUUAUCUCUUACUUGAUAAGUUUCUUUAACAAAUAAGCAAACGAUGCGUGUCUUUUAGUAUUAGAAGAAAAUGUAGUUCUCAUCUUAAUGUUUAAGUCUCUGGUGGCAGCUUUUCUUCUUGCAGAAGCAGCAGCUCUUUUUUAGAAUUUGGUAAAACAAAACUUGAAAACAACUUA